AUUCAAUAUCUGCUUCCGUAGCGAGAGAUAAAUAUAGGAAGCAGUCGUUUUCUCGUUCUCUCCAAUUGCUUCUUGUGUUCGCUAGUUUGGGAUGCAGACGGAGAGGGCAACGUGAAGUUCUUGAGGCGGAUCUGCGUGUUUGGCUCUUAAUACGCUUCUUUCCUCAGACUUACAGAUUGGUUUUCUUCUAUCGGAGGUUCCAUAGACAAAAGGAUGGGGCUGUCUUUUACCAAGCUUUUCAGUCGGCUUUUUGCAAAGAAAGAAAUGCGCAUACUGAUGGUGGGACUUGAUGCAGCUGGUAAGACUACCAUUCUUUACAAACUGAAGCUGGGAGAGAUAGUCACUACAAUUCCUACCAUUGGAUUUAAUGUGGAGACCGUGGAGUAUAAGAACAUUAGCUUCACUGUUUGGGAUGUUGGUGGCCAGGACAAGAUCCGGCCAUUGUGGAGACAUUACUUCCAAAACACACAGGGACUUAUCUUUGUGGUUGAUAGCAAUGAUAGAGAUCGUGUGGUUGAAGCAAGGGAUGAGCUGCAUAGAAUGUUGAAUGAGGAUGAGUUGAGGGAUGCUGUGUUGCUGGUAUUCGCUAACAAGCAAGAUCUUCCAAAUGCAAUGAAUGCUGCUGAGAUAACUGAUAAACUUGGACUCCACUCGCUCCGCCAACGCCACUGGUACAUCCAGAGCACAUGUGCUACUUCUGGGGAAGGGUUGUAUGAAGGGUUGGACUGGCUCUCAAACAACAUUGCGAACAAGGCAUAGACCAUCUGGAUGCAGAGUUUGCUUUCAGACUAGUGCCAGGAGAAAGUUAGAACCACAUCUUUGGUGUCUGGGAUUUCAACCUUGUUAAUUUGUUAACAAGUUCAUCGCUUAAGGUUUCUGUUGCAUACAUGGCCAUUUAUUUCCUGUAGCUUCAGAAUGACGCCAUAGUUAUAUUGCCCCUAUAUUACCUUUCCUUUUCCAUGUAAGAAGUUGGCGAAGCUACAGGUCUUCAAUGUUUGUUUCAUUAGAAAUUAUGUAAAGUAGCUUUAGAAUGCAAGUUGAGGACAGUUUUGCAAUCAGCAGAUAGUUGAUUGUACACUGGCGUGUCAUCUUAAUAUUCAGCAUUCUUGGUUAGUCGUUCAACUUCAAUCAAUAAGACCGUGGAAUAUAACCCAUGGUUGCAGCUUUUAUA